AUGGGCGGGUGUUUCUCGUCACGGGAGGCACCGCCGGCCUUGAAAGGAAUUCCUCUCCGUCAUCGCCACCCACAAGCCGGCGCACCUCUUUUUCACGGGCCGCAACGUCCAGAGCGCCGAAGCCACCAUCGCGGAAAUCGCCGCCGCGGCGCCUCUGUACCCGUGACCUUUUUGCAGUGCGACCUAGGCUCGGCGGCUUCGGUACGCGAAGCGGCGGACAAGUUCCUCGCGGCGUCGUCGUCGCGCCUGGACGUCCUGGUAGCCAACGCGGGCGUCAUGUCCGUCCCGCCCGGUCUCACCGCCGACGGGCACGAGGUGCAGUGGGGCACCAAUUUCUUCGGGCACGCCGUGCUCAUCCACCUGCUGCUUCCCGCGAUGGUGCGGACGGCGGAGCUCCCGGGCGCGGACGUGCGGCUGCUGCUGGCGACGUCGCAGGGCCACGGGCUGCACCCGGUGAGGGGUCCACGGGGAUAUUACGAGCCUGUUGGGAAGAAGGUGAAUCCUAUGCGGUCAGGGUCGGAUGAUGAGCUGGCUGGAAGGCUAUGGGAGUGGACGAACAAGGAGUUUGAGAAGGUUGGAAUUACGGUUGCUGGAAAGGUCGUGUCAUAG